AUGGUGGUGUCGAGUGAUGUGGCGAUGGCAGAGGCUGAGACGGAACGUAAACGGAUGAGGGAGGAGGAGCAGUCGGGAUCAGCAAAUCUGUUGAGUGAGCUUCAGAGAAUGAUGGCACAACAAACGCAGAGUGUGACGGCGGCCAAUCUCACAGCUGUUGAUGGGAAAAUCGAGACGGUCAAAACGGCAAUUACAGCAGUUGACAGUAAGGUGGAUGCCGUCCAACAAUCUUUCAAUCAGGAUAUGCAGGCUCUCUCACGUAGGCAAGCAGAUCUGGAGACUCAGUUUCUGAAUCAUAUUGUUGGCAGCGACGGGACGUCAUCUUGA